GAUGUGGGCUGCCACGAACCGAACCAUGCGGCGCAUGUCGUCCAAAGCGCCGCUGGUGGACAUAGUGCGGGUUCCUCGCACCGCUUCGUGGUCUAUGGAAGACCUGCAUCGCCAUCCAAACCAAGCGGACGUCCUCACUGCCGAGAGCCUUCAAAAUCUCGCCGAGUUGUGUCACUUGUACGUUCCAGAAAGCAAACUUCCCAAGCUGAUGUCAGAAGUCGAAGCGAUCAUUCAGUGCACGCGCAUCAUCCAAGUCCUCCACUUCGAGCAUCGGGGCAUCCCUCACUUUCGUUCCUGUAGGAAGUUACGCUGGAUGCGAAUGUGCACGACGUGUACUCCAAGAGCGAGUUUGGUCAAGUUGCUCCACUCCGCGACGAUGUCGUCACCGAAGGCAACUACCCCGACCAAGUGCUUGCGAAUGCUUCCAUAAAGCAUGGGUAUUACUUUCAAGUCCCGAAAGUGCUGGAAGAGUAAUCCCAUCUCGGAUGUACACCUAAUUGAAACACAUUUGUGCCUAAUUUAAGUCGGAAGCCUGCUAGUUUAGGCAUAUUGAUGCCUAUUUGAAUUCAC